UUAAAUUUCUUUUGUGCAUUUCAGAGUGAAUAUGUCAAUUUGUCGGAUCUAUAAAGACGGUGAAUUGUGAAGGAAUAUUUUUGUAAGUUAUACUAAGAUGUUUGUGGCAAUUUAAUCAUUGACAAAUUAACAUUUUAUGCAUCAUUAUACAAGAGGUUAAAGGUGUACAAUGCUCUCGGCGUGACUUCUGGUUAACGUUUAAGAAAAGUUGUAAGUGAAAAAAAUCACAAUGACUAUGAAAAAUUGUGAAAGCUUUGAUGAGGAAGACAUCCACUUUGGCCGCUUCUACAAGGCAUCAACGCAGACAUGCAAGCGGGCAAUGAAAGAAAUAUUUUUGGUAGUUUUCUACAGAGUAUAUGUCAGGCCCCUUGAAGCGUGGCCAACAAACCUUAACCAGUAUUGUACCCAAGUUCUAGGUUGGUCUAGUCGAAAGCUUCGUGAGAGCUUCAGUGCCAAUGAAAGAGCCAAAUUUGACGAGGCAGUGACAUCAGCUGACUACGAUCUCUCUCUUCUGACUAAGAUGUUCAACAAGUUUUAUGAACACAUACCAUUUCCCGAGUCCCUUGGAAGAGCAAUGCGAGAUAUAAAGAAUGUCAGAAAUAGAGUUUGUCAUGAGCAGUUUACAUUCGACGAAACGGAUCUCCGAGAAAACAUGGAAGACCUGCAGCAAAUGCUACGCACCCUUUUUGACGAAACUUCAAGCUUUUUUGAAACAGAUCUUGGCAAUUUGAAAAAGUUUUACCUUGAUGAAGUGGAUGAAAUCAGAUCAGCCCCAAUUACAGGGCAGGGUAUGACUUACUUUGAAAACAUGGAGAAAUUUCGGGAAGAUCUUGUGGGUAAAUUUAUAACGUAUGGAAGAAAAGAACUCACAUCCUUUUAUGGUAAGUUGAAGAUUCUUAACCCCUUCACCUGGUUAAGUGAUGAGAAGUUCCCGGAGCUUGUGGUGGACAAAAUCUUCACUCCACUCUACAUCAGAGAACAAGAGAGAGCUAUCGAUGUGGCCAGGUUAUUUGUUACGGAACUGUACAGUGAGGAGAGACAGACUGAAUUGGGGGUUCUGCCAGCUGUACUCAUCUUGUCAGGCAUAGCUGGUUGUGGAAAAACCUCUCUAUGCCGAUAUAUUCUCCAUGUUUGGCGAACUAGAAAUGGGGUGAUUCAAGACUUAAGAGCAGUAGAUAUUAUGAUAUUUGUGGAAGCUAGAAGUAUCACAGAGAGUUCACUAACUGCAUAUUUGCAGAAAACAUUAUUGCGAGAAACUUGCAGUUACUUUGAUGAGAAAGAAAUAGUACUGACACUUCAGAAGAUAAAUGUUCUGUUUGUUAUUGACGGAAUGGACGAGGUAACUGAAAAUGGAAAGAUUUUAGUUGAAGAAAUUUUUUCAACACUUGGCAAUGCUCGGGUAAUUAUCACAUCGCGUCCUGAAUUCGUUUAUAUUAUUACGCAAAAUAUGCAAAAGUUUCAUCACAGAUUUUUGAAACUCAGAAUUCAAGGCUUUACCAAAGAGGGCAUUAAGAGUUUUACUUCAAAGAUUCUAAAGUCUUGUGAACCAAAUGAGGAAAAGUGUCGCCAAAUUGAGACGGAGUUCAGAAGUUUCUUGAGGACAACAGGAAGUGCUUUAGGCGAACACUUGAAGCUGCCUCUUACAGCAGCAUUAUUGAUCAUGCUGUGGAAAGACGACAAUUCUCGCAUAUCAAAUAUCACAUCACCAACAUCCUUGUAUUGUGAGCUAUUCAGAUUAUGUACUAUGAAGUUGAUCGCAAGGCUCCAGGCAUCGACAGCCGCCCACCACAUAGAGUUAGAAGGUGUUGUGAAUGCGUGGUUAAUGGCCCUUGCAGAAGAGGCAUACGAAAUGCUGAGUUCAGGAAGAUUUACAAUUGAAAGUUCAAAGCAAUAUCACUUAACUUCCUUGUGCAAAAAAUAUAACAUUGAUUGCAUCCAAACCCUUUCUGCUUUUCUUAUUUGUGAAGUCCAUGAAAGAUUAGGUGGCACUGAAUACACCUUUUCAUUUUUACACAAGAGUCAAAUGGAAUACUUGGCAUCGCUUCACAUAACGAAGAAGUUAAUAGAAGUACACAAACCAGAGUCAAAAUCUUUCCCCAGAAUGUUGAAAAAGUUUAUGAAGAUCUUCCAGAAGGAAGAAGAAGAAGAAGACGAAGAUUAUCUGCUGACAACAUUACGUGAUCGUCGGUGGUGGAACACUGUGCUUUUCACUUUAGGUCACGUGAGUGAGACGAAGAAAGUGUCAGAAAGGCUGAUAGGGGAUCUGGUAGAUAUCCUGAUUGAUCACAGUAUCCAUGACAACUCUUUAAUGUGGCGGAUAAUCCAAGAGUCAGGAUGCCACCCCCUUGUGUGUGACCUGGUCAGCGCUGUGAUAGUUAAGGAUUUUGUAUGGAAGGCCGAUUGUGAAAGCUUGUGCAAUCCAAUGAAUCCAAAUGUAUUGCUAAUGCAGAAGACCAAAUAUAGUCCAAGUGGUGUAUUAUUAAGGAUUGUUGAUAAAAUCGGACAUGGAAAAGUUGCUCCAGAUGGCGAGAACUUUGGGGAAAGAAACAAUGUCAACCUGUUCCCCAUUUUGCGGUGUUUGUCAGAGCGGCCACAGACGAACGUUGUCCUGAGGUUGGAUCAGCACUACUACGAGUGGGGGAACAUGGAAUUCAGUGACGACAUCGUGACAACUCUCCUGCCGGGAGGGAAACUAACGGCUUUCAUGGGCCACCUCGGGCAGGAAGGGGCCAAAGCCUUUGCGGCCGUAGAAAAGCUGGGCGAAACCUGCAUCCGCGUUACGGACCUCUCGACGCUUCAGACGCUGGAAAACGCCCUCGCCUCAGGACCCAAAAAGAGGAGCGUAGACAUGCUCACGGUACGAGUCGACAUACCCUGGACAGCGACGACAGAAGCCAUUCCGAAGAUCAACACCCCUUCUUAUAUGUCCUUGAUCCUGAAAGAUGUGAGCGAUGUGACUGAGGAACGUGCUGCCGAUGUGAUUAUCAAGAUGAGGAACUCGUACGAGAUGGUGGACCUUGUAGCCUCCAGCCUCUCUCCUGCGGGAGGUUUGAGGUUCCUGAAAAGGCUAAUAGAAAACAAAAUUGAAGUAUUUGACAAAAUUACUAUACGUUCCUGUUAUGGUAUAGAUCAUGUGGACUACGAAAAGUUGAAUAAGGAUAUCCAGUAUAAUGUAGAAUGGCUGUGGUAAUGAUAUUCAUUAAUUGUUCAUGUAGAAUUGUGUGAGAAAUUAAAUGUACCUGAAAAUUCUUAUUAUGUACUGUUACACUCUGUAUAUGCACACACACACACACACACACACACACACACACACACACACACACACACACACACACACACACACACACACACACACACACACACACACACACACAUUCACACCUAUACGAAUACAUACUCAUAUACAGAAAAUAUAAACUCUUGUAUGUGUCUGCAUCAAUGUGUAAGUGUAAAUAUGUCUGUAUUUUCAAUAUAUUUUUUCCACUUUUUGUUGAAUAUUCCUAAGGAAUGACACAUUUAUCUUAAAGUAUGUAAAGCUAU